AGUGCUGCAGUGGUCUGGGCAUGUCCAGCCAUAACCAUCUUUCUCUGAGAUCAUACAGAACUUGUUUUUCACAAAGCUUUCUUGUUAUAGAAUAUUCUGUUUUUGUCAGAUUUUAAAAGUUACACAUUUGCAAUUUUUAAAGUAUCCAUGGCUACUGUUUGUUGGAUCAUGCUUGUGUUUCUCUGCCAGACUGGUUCUGUAUCAGCCUCUGCAGAAGGUCAGAAAAUCUCUGCUGUAAUUGGAGAGGAUGUUAUUCUACCAUGUGAGGCAAAACAAUACCUACCCUUUGAACUUGUGGAAUGGAGCAAAGCUGGUCCAAUCACACAGUAUUUACUUGUUUUUAGAGAUUAUGAUUCAAGAGUCGAGAUCCCACAGCAAAGGUACAAGAGUCGAGUAAAGCUGAAGGACCUACAGAAUGGAGAUGUGUCUCUGAUCUUGAAGAACCUGAAGGCUGAGGAUAGAGGAUUAUAUGAGUGUUAUGUUGUUGGAAAACCGAACCGCAAGAAGAGGGACAUCCAACCAAUUAGCAAGAUCUACCUGGAUGUUCUUCCUCCUUCUCCAGGGAACAAUCAUCGAAACAAUGACGAUGAAGCGAACACGGAUGGAAAGGACACACCUCUAAACAGUCAAAAAGAAAUGAUGGUUGUUGUGGCUCUUACAGUUGUGUUUGGUAUAACUCCGUUCAUUCUUUCGCUGAUUGUUGGUUUCAGAGCAGUAUACUGUUGUUAGCGCUGUUCUUUAUUCCAUGAAAGAAUUGUCUCAAAGUAAUGCAAAUAAGGGAAGGUUCAGAAACACUUUUUUUAUAUAUUGAGUGAAAGUAUUGUUGUUGUCAAUACCUUAUGGAUUCAGAAAAAUGAGACAUCUUAAAUUGUAUGAAAGAAUAUUGACAUUAAACUGUUUUGCAUGUUGGAAAAGAUCAAUACUCUUACAAGGAGUGUGCAGGUCAGCUGGCUGGAGUCCUUACAGACAUUUUCAACACCUCACUCGACCGACCCCGUAGUGCCAGCAUACUUCAAGUGUUCCACCAUCGUUCCGGUCCAUUUAAAGCCCCAGGUCACCUCAUUUAAUGACUACCGAUCUGUCGCACUGACUCCCAUCAUGAUUAAAUGUUUUGAAAGGCUGGUUAAAAAACAAAUCGUCUCCAGUAUCCUCCCAACUUUGGACCCCUUCCAGUUCGCCUACAGACGGAACCGCUCCACUGAGGACGCCAUCUCCUCUGAUCUUCACCUGAGCCAUGUGGAUGCUGUUCCUGGACUUCAGAUCAGCUUUCAACACCGUCAUCCCACAGCAUCUGAUAGAAAAUGAGGACUGUUAGCUAAAACAACUGAAGCACAAAAAAUAAACAUUUUAACAGCCGACUGAACCAUUAAAGGUACAAUUUUCUGAGCAGGAAGGAUUAAAUUCUGCAGAGGACAUAUCUGCAUGUUUAACUCAGUUAUUGAUUUUCUAGGAAGACAUUUGCAUGAUAGGAAAACCUGGAGUUUAAAAUAAAUUAUUAUCUCCUGUCCUAAGAAAGUACUGAUUGUGCAGCCUAAUUUGCCCAGGCUGAGCUCAUUCUGCUGGCUGUUAUCAUGGUUUAAUUCUAUAUUUGUUCUACCAGAGGAUGUUUCAGCCACUUUUUCUCUACUCAACAUCUCUUUAAUUAAUGAAGUAAGCAUUCAGCCAGUAUAUCUGUGUGCACUUUGAAUGUUUUAUGAAUGCAACUUCUAAGAAGAGUAACAGAAUAAAAAGAUAAGGGCUGGAAUCAAGUUACAGAUGUAGAGUUUCACCUUUAUUAAUGUAUGAAAUUAGUCAAAGAUACCAAGAAAACUAUAACAAGACAAAAUAUGAGGUGGAUCCUGCAAUAAAUAAAUAAUUUAUAAGACAACUCAGGUUCUGGAGUUGUUCUCAGAAGCUCUCCUCCUGUUCAUCUCCUCAGAGGUUGGUGUGGUUCUAAGUCUUAGUGGAGCAGAGCUGCAGAUGAUGAACUGGAUCCAAACAUCUACCAAUGUUUCCAGAAGGAGCUGAGAUGCUACAGGGUGAAAGAUC